CAAAGCACACAUUGAAAAGCUCGUUGCGCUGGCGCAAUACCGUUGCGCUGAUCGCGUGUGCCGCAGAUCAUGCCGCAUUGGCUCAUGUGUAUAACAAAUAUAAGUUCCCGCUUCCUUACUCCAACGUACGCCGUAUCGUUGGAAGUUGAUACAUAGUAAGUGGGCAUAGGGAGUAGUGACUGUCACCAACUGUUGUCUGCCUUCUUCCCAAAUUCAUUCAGAAUACCAUGUGCAAAUCUGCAGUAUGACGCGCCUGCUCGUCAGGCACGACGUUCUGUUGAAACUAUGACAGAAAAUCUCUUGUCAUCCACCGUAAAUGUAACCGAACAUAGAUACAUUCGUACCCAUGUGCUGAUGAGCAUCGAUUUUCAAAAUCUCACCUGAAAUCGCUAAGCAACUCCUAACACCAAAUCAUGAACAUCCGUCGCCUCCCUGGCUUCAUGUAUCACUACAAGACCGUCGCUGCACUGAUGGUAUCAACACUUUUCUUAAUUGUCUAUCUUCUCAUACACUGGGGCAUCAUGUGCACAAACCUCCAGGCCUGGCGUCACGUGUCAAAUGUUUGUAGCAGACACAAUGACGGCAAUGCUAUGGGGAUUCUAUGCGAUCCUCUUUGCAACAGACAAGGAGUUCAUUCCCUCGUAUGUGAAACUUUACAUGCUGGAAAAGAGGCAGUUUUUUCAGCGCAUUGGCAGAACACGAGAUUAGUUUUCAAAGCUGCAAGAACUGAAACAACCGUCGAACAAGCAGAGUCCCUUCUUUGGGAAGAUGCCAAUGGUCUAAAGCACUAUCCAUCAGAAACCGAUUUCGCAAACAUGAUCAGAGAUGUGGUAACAAACAAAUUAAAUUACAGUAUAACCACACAUCAACUUGAAAGACUAAGCCGCCUGCGAACAAGUCGAAUAGAGACUGAACCACAAAAGAGAAAACUCGAGAUGGAGAACGUUUGGCCUCUUCUACAAGAACAGGAAUAUAUAAUGACACUUUUAUUCGAAGAUAAAGAUGUUUUCCCUCAAAUAAUUGGCACUUGUGGUACAUUUUAUGCAGUUGAAUAUGUUCGCCCAAUAGAAACCCCGACUACAGUUUUGGCACUAUCUGAUUCGAAACCAGAAUGGGCUAAGAGAUUGAAAUUAGCAGUGAUGAUACUGGAUCUCCUGCAAGAAUUUGAAACUGUAUUUACUGAACCAUUUCACCUCUGCGAUGUUAAAAUAAACCACUUUGGUCUCCCCCUGGGAGGACAUAAAUUAAAAUUUCUUGAUCUGGAUGCAGUUUUUCCAAAAUCCGUGUUAAAUAGGAUAAUGAAUAACAAUAGGGAGUGCGAAAGAAACGAGGACUGCGAUUAUUUUGAUUGCAGGUCGUUGUGCUCGAAAAAUAUGCGCUGUGAAUCACCAGUGGUUAAUAAUAAUUUACAAAUAAUUUGCGAAAAGAUCUUUCUCGGGUGGACACUAUCAGGAACAAUAAUAAUUCCUGGAUUAUUGAUGUCUGAACAUACCAGUAGUUCUUUGGCUGUGCUUUUGAGACAAUGUGCAAAUCCAACUGGAGAACAUGGUCAAUUGGCUCGAGCUGCUGCUCCAGAAAAUUUGAAAUCGCGUUUAUAUAAUAUGAUAAACGAGGUGGAGCGUGAAUUAAGUUCUUCCUUGCGAUUGUGAUUAUUUGCCAAUAGUUGUUUUUACACAUUUUUCUUUAAUAUAUAAUGAUUGAAACCAUACGAUACUUGAAAAUCUUUUUCAAAAUUUGAAUUAAUAUUUUAUGGCAAAGUUUUUACUGGCAAUCCUAUUAUGAAUAAUUUUUUGUAUGACAUUUUAUUUAAUAAUUCGACAUUCUACUUAAAAAGUUUAUUUAAUUUGGAAUAGUAUGUAUCUGUGCCUAAAAGUAAGUCUGCUCAUGCUAGUCCAAUGAAAUGAACCUCGAAAAUGUAUAAAGUUUCAAGUUCUUAAACGAGGGCUGCGACGCAAAUAUUUAGUUAAUAUUAACUUUAAAAGUUUGUAAGCUGGCCUUAGAAUAUAGAUAUCAAGUACUUAUAUUUCUAUAUAUUCAGAAUAAAUAAUCCCAUUUAAAAAACUUCUAUUUCUUAAGGCCUUCUUUGUAAAAGAUAAGUAACAUAAAUAGGAGAAAGUAUAUAAUUUAUUCAAUCAGUUUUCUGUAAAAUAAGAAUAUUAUAUCCAGUCCAUGUAAUUUAUAGCUAAAUUUGCAAAGUCAACUUGUUUUAGUUAUAAUUAAAUUGACUGAAUAAAACUUUUUUUUAUUCUUAAAAUUUAUUAGAAAUCACUAGUUCUAUGGAUUAUGAAUUAUUCAUUAAUUUAUAAUAUUUAGUCUUCCUGUUUUGACGUCCAAGACUUGUGCACGAUUUCAAUGCAUCUGUAACAAAAUAAAAGAAAUACAUUAUAAAUCAUUUAAAAAUUAAAGAAAAAAGUGUAUGAACGUGAGUACGAAAUAUUAUUAAUUUUUUUAGUUUUCGUUAUUGAAACACUUUGUAUUGUAUUAGGCAUUUAAUAAUGCAUGUAAUUAAUUUAUACUUGUCUAGAAUCAUACAUUUUUAAAAAAUCGCCUGACUUCCUAGUUUAACAAAAAAGAGAUAGAUAUAUGUUAUUAUAUUACUUAUAUGAUUUUUAUGGUUACCAUUUAUAUUACCUGAUUGUGUUUCAAUAAUGCUGGUAUGAAGGAUUACGAUAUAGUAGUGCUUAUGAACUUAUGUGCGAAAUAGGAAAUGCAAUAUGAACAACCUUAAUUGUUUCCAUGAUUUAUAGAUUACAAGGAUAAUUUUCCAUAUUUCCUUAUAAGUUAAGUUUUCGUAAGGACAUCUUUUAAAAAGAUGUAGGACUGACCAUUUCAAAUAAAAUAAAAUUAAAUAUUUGGCCAAGAAACCAUCGAAACUUAACAAUUAUUUUAUUAUUUAUUUUUAAAUCAAUGUACGGUUAUGUUAUUCAUUUGGAAAUUGUAUGACGAAAAAAUUGUUGUACAUGAAAGAUUUUUAUUAUAUUCGUAAUAAAUCAAAAAUGUAGAAAAAAA